CAAAGCCCAAACAUGUGACAUCAACAACGAAAAUGAGAGGGAAAUAGAGGAAAAACAAACCCCCUACCCGUGAAGUGUUUGGAAAUCACCGCGACGUCAUUGUGGGAAAAGUCUGGGAACUGUCAUAAAAAGGCGGUGACUGAUUUUUGCGGGAAACUCCAAAGCGAAUGGACCCGCACUGCUCAGAGAAUUUCGGUUCGGUUUGCUUGUGGUAUUUCGGAAUUUUCGAGUUAUUUUAGUUGCGUGGAAGUUCGUGUGGACGUGAAGAAAAGCGGGAAAUCAACGCUGCUUGGAUUCGUGCAGAAAUUGCAGUUUGUUCGCCCACGAGCGUUUGUGCUUGCAAACGAGCGCGGCUAACGCCAAAAAUACUUCGAAUACUCACUGACGACGAAGGACACGAAUUACUUGAGGAAAUGGGAAUUGGAAUACUAGAAUCUGAUGACUCGUCAUCAUCCGCUCAAUCCAGUGAGUUAUUAAAUGCUCUAUGCAGCCAGAGUAACGAAAACAAAAGCAGUACGGAAUCAGAAGAAAUUUCGAAUUCACCCAAUGACACCACAAUAUGUAACGCAAACUUCGUCGAUCCCAACGAGACGUUACUCCCUUGUAGCUAUAAAGUCGGCAACACAAACAUCGAAAUCUACACAGACAACAAACCAAUGGAUCGGCUGCAUAAGAAAGUCGUAGCUUGUUCAAAUUCAAAAGGCCGGAGUCCGCUUGCGACCGUGGCCUGUAAUAACAAUUUGAACAACAUCACACAGAACAACAACAAUGACGCGACUUCGAUCAAAAAGCAAACAACUAUUCCGGAUGAAAACUUUUUCCUGUAUCGGCCAAAAAUGAUGAACGCCAAUAAUGGUGGCAAGGAUCCAUUCAAAAAAGUAUCAGAUGAGGUGUUGUUGCAAGUAUUCAAGUGGUUACCGAAGAAGACGUUGAUUCGAUGCAGCUAUGUUUGCCGUCGUUUUCACCGAUUAGCACAGGACGAGUCGCUCUGGACACGAUUAGAUUUAGGCUGUAAAACAUUGCGAGCAGGAGCUCUUGGCAAGAUUAUUUCGCGGGGCGUAGUGAUAUUACGAUUGGCUCAAGCAGAGAUGGCACAUCCAGUAUUCGAGCCGGAUAGUCUUGAAAGCUCUCCGGAGUUUCAAUCAAAAUUGCAAUAUUUAGACUUGAGUAUGGCUGUAAUCACAAAACCCUCUCUAAAAAUGCUCCUGUCGAAAUGUCGUCAACUAAAGAAGUUAAGUCUCGAGCACGUCCAGAUAAACGAUGAAAUAUGUGAUGAAAUAGCUCAGAAUGUCCACUUAGAGGCCCUGAAUCUGGCAAUGAGCGAAGGAAUAAGACCUUCUAGUAUGAAAACUAUGAUGUUGAAUCUGACCAAUUUGCACAGCCUAAAUGUUGCUUGGUCGCAUUUGGAUGAGGGAUGCGUCAAUGCUCUGGUGCAGAACGUUACGCCGAAUUUAUUACGGCUUAAUAUUGCCGGUUGCAGACGGUCAAUGACAGACUCCUAUUUAGAAAUAUUAGGAAAGCGGUGCCCGGGACUGCUGGAAUUAGACUUAUCUGACUGCACAGCAUUAACAUCGGCAGCAAUCGGGCUGGUGACGAAGUUUAAGGAUUUAGAAUAUUUAUCAUUAUCGCGGUGUUACUGUAUAUCAGCAACUGCUUAUAUGGAUCUCGGUAAACUGACAUCACUCUCAUUUCUAGACGUCUUUGGUCUCCUGUCCGAAACAGCUCUGCAAAUGCUCCAAAACACAUUUCCAACUGUAGGAAUUAACAAAUUUAUACACAGUUCCGUGGCCCGGCCAACAGUAGGAACACGUAGGACAUCUGUGUGGGGUCUGCGGACACGAGACUAAAACGCUUAGAAAGAUGAAGAGCUUUCCAGGCACAGACUUGUGGGGGGCUCUGCAUUCUUUUUCUCGAAAAAAGGAGAGUGAGCACAUGAUGCAUUACACUAUUUUCAUUGAGAUUCUCUUCCUUACAUUAUAAAUAAUGUUACAUAUUUUACUUUACGAUGAUUGAGAAAUAUAUAAGGUUAAAUUGAUUUUGUACAUGAUAUUAUCAUGCUAGCAUCUCGCCGCUGCCAAUUGUUUCAUACACUUGCAUAGUUUAAAAGUGAUUUCAAGAAAAUAUAUAUAUAUGAUUAGUUUAUGUUCACAAAUGAUGGAACGAUCCUUUUUUAUGUCUAAUAAAAUGAUAUUAUGGUCGCAUAGUACUGGGAA